AUGUGGCACAAACUUAUGCGAGCUAGGAAAGAACUAGUACUAAAUAAUAACUCGUAUCCUGGAGAGACAUUUACAGAAAUGGAUAUUAUUUCAAAUUUAAUAUUAAUGUAUAUUGGUGGCGCAGAGCCGGUAUCUGAUACGUUGGGUUUUUGUUUACACGAUUUAGCGAUGAACAAAUAUGUACAAGACAAAUUGCGUGAACAUAUUAAGGAGAAGAGAGAAAAACACGGUGGUGAAUUUACCAACGAUUAUUUGAUGGAUCUCCAUUACGCCGACAUGGUUUUAUCAGAAACAUUGCGCAAACACAACGGGUCAAUUACCUUAUUAAGAAUAGCUACUAAGACAUACCAUGUACCGGACUCAACAUUAGUUAUCAAAAAAGGCCAAAAAAUAAUAAUACCUACUUACAGCAUUCAUCGUGAUCCAAAAUAUUAUACUAAUCCGGAUGUUUUUGAUCCGGAAAGGUAUUCUCCAGAAGAAAAAUCAAAACGACCUAGUGGAAGUGAUUUAUUGUUUGGGGAUGGACCUCGUUUUUGUAUAGGUAAACGUUUGGCUGAAUUGGAGAUGAAAUUAGGUCUGUCAGAAAUAAUUUCGAAAUUUGAGGUUUUACCGUGUGAAAAAACUGAAAAUCCUGUUCAAUUGGCAAAUGCUGGAGGUGCUAUUAGACCAAAGUAUGGAAUUUGGUUGAGGCUGAAACCGAUCGUAGUUUAA